UUGAGGCAACAAAGUUUGGGCACCCCAGAUGGUGUGCAAAAUUCUGCCACUCUACUUCGUUAUGACGUGUUGCAGUGACGAUUUCACAAAUCAGCGCAAAGCCGAUAGGGGGUGCUGUUACUCUCGCCGUGGGGCAUCGAGUCACAGGAUUGACUGGACGGGUUGACCGGCGUCAUAUUUUUGGUAUUGAGCGUGAUGACGACAAUGGCCGCCAGCCGACGGGACGGGAGAGUUUGCGACCGGUUAGCCGUCAGUGAGGUUAGCGGAUGCUAACGCAGUUGGAAGCGAGGACGCGGUGACCAAAGGUGGCGCACUUCCGAUGGCGACGUACGACGAGAACAUCGCCACGAACCCGUUCUUCGUGGCCCUGGAGAAGCUCAGGCCGGACCUGUGCGAUCGCGUGGCCCGGCUGCACGGCGUAGUUCUGGUUCCGUGCUGCGGAAGUCUAGAUGGCAGGAUGGUGUCGGAACUUCACUUUGACAGCUACGUGCUUCAGCCCGCGGACGACGCGUACCGGACGGCUGACGGAAGGGAGGUCCGGAUCGAGGACGGGCGGGUCCUGCCGGAGCCCGGCCGCCGGCCUCCGGUCUCUGUCCCCAUCCUGUUUGAGGAAACCUUCUACAACGCGAGGGAGGAGAGCUACCGCAUCCUGUGCAUCUCCGGCCCCGUGGAGGCGGCGACGGGGGUCCCGGCGAGGGCGCCCGAGGCGGCUUACCGCCUCGGGAACCUGGAAGAGGUCAAGGAGUUCCUGGGCCCCCACUGCCACAAGUUGGACAAAGUCAUCGUCAACUUCUGUCAGGCCUUCGACGAGCACGACAGGAAGGGCCUCAGGCACCACAUAACAAUGCGAGACCGUUGCCACGAGCCUGAUGAUGCGUUUGCGGUGACAGGACUCGGCCCACGGCCUGUAUACGCGGUGUCUUCGGUGUGUGCUGCGAGACGCUCGCCCGAAGGUUCUGGCCGAGCAGGAGGUCCAAAUGAGUCUACUGAAACAAGCGGUGGAGGUCUACGUCCAUCACGGGAUCCACGCUCUGAUCUUCAACCUGGUGGGAACGCUGGAAGCCAGCCAGGAUGCCGCCUUCAACAAGAUGACCAGGAGUCUUCACGAGCUGCAGCACAAAGACGUCGGCGUCAAAGCGCACUUCAGCAUCAACUUGUCUCGCGCCAAACGGGAGCUGAGUCAACUCAACCAGCAGACGUCGCCCCUGCUCAAGCUGCUUUGCCUGCGCAGAGCGGCCUUGGCCGCCACCCGCACGCCCUCCUCCGCAGGGUUAGCGGCGUGCGCCGACGACCUGCUGUCGGUCAUCCUCUACCUGCUGGUCAAGAUGGAAAUCCCCAACUGGAUGGCCAACCUGAGCUACAUGAAGAACUUCUGCUUCAGUCAGUCCAGCAAAGACGAGCUGAGCUACUGCCUGAGCACUUUGGAGGCGGCCGUCCAGGCUGCGCCGAGGUCAAGGUGAUGGUGGAGCUCGCCAGCGCCUCCGCCGCGCCCAUCAGCCGCUUGUUCGAGCACAUCGCCGACGGCGACGAGACGGCGACGGAGCGUCUGCUGAGCGAAGGCGAGAAGCGAGAGGUCGCCUUGCGCCCCUGCCACCCGCUCUGCGCCUGCGACCUCUGUGACCGCCGACUGUCCGGGAAGCCCGGCGUGACGGCGCGCUGCCGAGACCAGCGAGGGUACACGCCUCUGCACGUCGCCGCCGUCUGCGAGUCAUUUUUUGGGGUGGCUUCAAGUAAAGGAGCAUUCGUCGUCGUCGUCGUCCUAGGCCAGGCGCAGCUGAUCGACCUGCUGGUGUCCAAAGGGGCGUCGGUCAACGCCACCGACUGCCACGCCCUGACGCCCAUGCACUUGGCCUGUCGGAAGGGACACCAGGGAGUCACGCUGCUGCUGUUGCACUACAAGGCCGACGCGGACGCUCAGGACCACAACGGCAACGCGCCGCUGCAUCUGGCGUGCACCUACGGACACGAGGACUGCGUGAAGGCGCUGGUCUACUACGACUCCCAAACGUGCCGCCUGGACCUUCGCAACGACAAAGGCGACGCGCCGCUGCACUUGGCGUCGCGCUGGGGCUACGAGGGCAUCGUCCGGGUUCUGCUGGAGAACGGCGCCGACGUGCACGCGCUCAACGACAGCGGCCGCACGCCCGCCCACUGUGCCCUCAACUCAAAGGUGCUGACGUUGUUGCGAUCCACGCAGACGGAGCGACGGCGCCCAACCGGCGGCGGCGUUCAUACGUCCGACCGCAGCGCACGCCGCACGUCCACGUCCAGCGCGUCGUCGUCGUCGUCGUCGUCGGCGGCGGCCUCCGAGCGCCAACCCGACAGAGCGUCGGCGCGACAUCGCCAGGUGGAGAAGCUGCUGCGGGCCGUGGCCGACGCCGACGUGCAAAUGGUGCGUUACCUUCUGGAGUGGGCCGAGGAAGACGAAGCGGCGGACGCGUCGUCGUCGUCGUCGUCGCCGCUGUGCCAUCCUCUUUGCCAGUGUGCGUCGUGCGCGCCGGCUCACAAGGCGGGCGCAGUCGCGUGCGGCGCGUUGUCCGUGACCAGCGCCAACGUGGACGGCGUGACGCCGCUCCACGUGUCCUGCACGUACGGCCACGCCCAGCUAACGGCGCUUCUCGUCCGCCGCGGCGCCGACGUCAACGCGCGCACCGACCGCAAGGCCACGCCCCUUCACCUGGCCAGCCGGAACGGCCACCUGCAGGUGGUGAAAUUCCUGCUGGAGUGCAACGCCAAGCUCAACAAGAAGGAUCGCUACGGCAACACGGCCUUGAUCCACGCCUGUCUCCACGGCAACGUGGACACCGCCGCCGCGCUCGUGCAGAGCGAGGCGCUCGUCAACGUACGCAACGCUCAGGGCAACACGGCGCUGCACUGCGCGGUCCGGGCCGGCCACCGGCCGCUGGUGGACGUGCUGCUGAGUGCCGGCGCCUCCCCGCACCUCCGCGACAAAAAGCACAGGACGCCGCUGGACGCGGCGUACCAGCGAGGCGGCAAGAACGUGGAGAUCGUGCGAUCGCUGCAGAAAGCGGCGGGGCUGUCCCCGGACGACGGGCCCAUCAAGCUUCUCUCCGUGCCCAGAGGAACUCUGGCUCACUCGUUGGUGCAGCAUCUGAGGCUCGGCGAUCACGCGCGACCCAAGACGGCCGCCGGCAGGAUUCCGCCGGAGGUGAAGAAAAGCGGCCGCGGUCCGACUCGGCGCUCGGCCGCGCCCGGGCAGGCGAGCCCCGACGCCAGGAGGCGACGGCCGCCGCGCCGAAAGACAGCAGAUGCGAUCGGAGCCUCCGCAGCCGGCCGGAGGGGGCGGGGCCCGGACUCGGGAGAGGAAGCGCCGGAGACGCCGAUCGAAGCGCGCGUGGAGACGAGAUGUCGCCACGACGACGGGGGCGGCGCGGCGCUCACUACGUCGUCGGUUGCAUCACGCAGACGGACGCCGGAGCGGCCGUGCCGCGACGACGCCUCACGCGCCGACGCGGCCGCCGUCCGACACCCGCCCGUGUCGAGUGACACGUCCGACAUCAACCUCACAGAUCUCAGCCUCCGAGACGCGGUCCUUUCCGACGUCACGCCCGACAGCGAAGACGCAACCCUUCAGUAAGCCGGGCCGCCCCCCGGCUCCGGGGAUCACACCCGCAUUCGGGACGCACCCAUUUCCGGCAUGGGACCUUCUACGAGACGCGCCCCUUACAGUAAAAAACUUUUCCAAAAUGGCGCUUUGAUUUUUCGUCCGGGUUCAUGUCCGCCGUCCUUGGCCGAACUUUGCAAAAAGUUCUUGAUGACCUCAAAUUUCUGUCACCCGACGGACAGCAAACGGCGCCAGCCAGUUGGGCGACUUUCCGACUGUGCAGCCACGAUCCCAACGACUCACAUUCAAAGCGGGACGCUCGUCUUGGUUCCUCAUCCCAAAUAAAUUUGGACCCGA